AUGUCAGAAACAUAUUUCGAGUUUGACUAUUUAUUAAGAAUAAUAUUGGUGGGUGAUACUGGAAUUGGAAAAAGUUCACUCCUAUUGAGAUAUACAGAUUAAGAAUUUUAAUAAAAUUUACUUCCAACUAUUGGUAUAGACUUCAAAACAAAAAUAAUUGAACAAUAAGGGAAAAAUGUUAAAUUAUAAUUCUGGGACACUGCAGGAUAAGAGAGAUUUAGAACAAUAAGCAGAAAUUAUUAUAGAGGAGCUCAUGCUAUUUUUUUUGUCUAUGAUAUUACUGAUAGAGAAUCAUUUAAAAGAAUAGAAUAUUGGAUUAAUGAAGUAGAACAGAAUUCAUCACCUGAUACAAUUAAAGUUCUCAUAGGAAAUAAAAGUGAUUUAAAUUAUAAAAGAGAAGUUGAUUUUGAUGAAGGAAAAGAAUUAGCUUCAUCAUAAGGACUUGAGUUCUUUGAAUCAUCUGCUUUAGAGAACCGAAACAUAGAAAGUGCAGUUAAUUAUGUAGUUAAACUUUGGCUAAAAAAGAAAGAAUUAGAAGAAAAAUAAUAAAAGGAAAAUCGUAAUGCAAAUCCUGUCUUAUCUAAUUCAAUUGUAUCAAUAAAAAAGAAAAGUCUAUUUUAACUUUGUUAAUGUUGA